GUAGGUCGCCAUAACAACGGUUUGUUGAUCGGUGAUGUGACGGGACUUCAUUAGAAGGCAAAAUGAAACUCAAGCGGUUUCUGCUCAGAUAUUAUCCACCGGGAAUAAUCCUUGAGUACGAGAAAGGAGGGUUUUUGAGGACCAAAUCAAUCGAUCUCUUGGAUUUGACUCCAGAAACAAAUCCAGAUGACUUGGCAGCAGAAAUCCUACGGUCAGAGCCUCUGAUCACAGAGACUCGGGCUGAACAGGUCAAACAGCUGGUAAUUCGACUUCAGAAGAAGCAGACCCAGCAGGAUCAUCACAGGUUCUGUUUCUGCAAGGAGCUUAAGGCACACAUACUACCACUGACAAAUGUUGCCUUUGACAAAUCUGGCUCAAGAUUUAUUACUGGGAGUUAUGACAGGACAUGCAGAGUCUGGGACACAGCCUCGGGCACAGAGCUGCACGUGCUGGAGGGUCACAGAAACGUGGUGUAUGCAAUUGCAUUCAACAACCCCUAUGGAGACAAGAUUGCAACGGGCUCUUUCGACAAGACCUGCAAACUGUGGUGUGCUGAGACUGGAAAGUGUUUCCAUACUUAUCGGGGACACAUGGCAGAAAUAGUGUGCCUUACAUUCAACCCCCAGAGUACACUGGUGGCCACAGGCAGCAUGGAUAGCACUGCCAAGCUGUGGGACGUGGCGAGUGGGGAGGAAGUGGCCACACUGACUGGUCACACUGCAGAGGUCCUUUCUCUGUGCUUUAACACAGUGGGCAAUCAGCUUGUCACGGGCUCCUUCGACCACACAGUUGCUAUAUGGGAUGUUGCUUCAGGAAGACGGGUCCACACGCUGAUUGGUCACAUGGGAGAAAUAAGCAAUGUUCAGUUUAACUGGGAUUGCUCCUUCAUUGUUACUGGUUCCAUGGAUAAAACCUGCAAACUGUGGGAGACCGUCAGUGGGAAGUGUGUGGCCACGCUUGCUGGACACAAAGAAGAGGUGUUGGAUGUGUGUUUUGAUUUAAGUGGUCAGCUCAUUGCUACUGCCUCAGCUGAUGGGACAGCAAGAGUGUUCAGCACAGCAACACAUCAGUGUCUUGUAACCCUAGAGGGCCACAGUGGAGAGAUCUCCAAGAUCUGCUUCAGCCCCCAGGGCACCAGAGUCCUCACAGCCAGCUCAGAUAAGACAGCGCGGCUGUGGGAUGCUCACUCUGGAGUCUGUUUGCAAGUCCUGGAGGGGCACACAGAUGAGAUCUUCUCCUGUGUCUUCAACUACGAGGGUGAUGCAAUCAUUACAGGCAGCAAGGAUAACACAUGUCGGAUCUGGUACUGACUGAUAUCCCGACCCACCAGAGGCUCAGGAUGGCAUCUACAUGGACACAACAAUCAAUUUGUGUUUGCCAGAUUUCACCCGUUUUAUAUCAGUUUAAUUGUGGACUGCCACAAAACAAACAAACAAACAAACCUAAAAACUGCUGUAACAGUUUGAUUUUUAACAUCUGUGUGAGGUUGAAGUGGUUCUGGAAAUCAUCAGCGCUUUGGAAGCUUUGCUCAGAAAGUCUUAUUAGAAGGAGCUGAAUCGCACAACUUCAAGAACUGUUUAUUUUGUGUUCAAGGAGUGGCAUGACACUGUGGGGAAAUAGAUGGAUUAGCUAUAAAUCAUACAGUGCUGAGCAAAGCUUUGGAGCCACCCUCAUUUUUUCAUAUUUUACUGGGAAAAUGGGUGAUGAUUUAUUGAACUAUGCAAACAUACAUGGAAAUAAAAUAUAUAAGGUGAAAA